CAUGACGUGAUUUGAUUACAAAUGGCUGCCGAUUGUAAAAACUUCCGAAAUUCCUGAAUGUUUUCUCUAUAUAAGAGUCGAUUCUUGAUGAAUCGGAAUACACACGUGUGCUUUAGAUAGUGGAAUACAACGCCGAGAUAACACUCGUCUUCACGAUCGAUCAAUUACCAAUUUUAGUCCACCCUAUCGUAGCAAAACAACGACAAAAUGGCAGCAGAAGCAGUGAAAGUAAUUGUGAGGUGCCGUCCCAUGAAUGAGAGGGAGAGAAAUCUGAACUGCAAGAUGGUUCUGGACAUUGACACCCCAUUGGGACAGUGUAACAUUCGAAACCCUACUGAUGCAAAGGCACCACCUAAAAAGUUCACAUUUGAUGGGGCAUACAGCAUUGAUUCUACAACCGAAACCAUCUAUGCAGAUAUUGCAUACCCACUAGUGGAGGGUGUAACUGAAGGUUAUAAUGGCACUAUCUUUGCCUAUGGACAAACAGGGUGUGGAAAGUCAUUUACCAUGCAGGGAAUUCAUGACCCCAAAACACAGCGUGGUAUCAUUCCGAGAGCUUUCGAGCACAUUUUUGAGACAAUCUCUGUGACAGAAGAUACCAAAUUCUUGGUUCAUGCCGCCUAUUUGGAAAUCUACAAUGAAGAUGUACGAGAUCUGCUCGGCAAAGACGUCAAAACGAAACUAGAGCUGAAGGAGCACCCUGAGAGAGGGGUUUAUGUCCAAGGUUUAUCAAAACAUACCGUUAACAGCGUCAGAGAAUGUGACAAUUUGAUGGAGCGCGGAUGGAAGAACCGGUCGACCGGUGCAACACUGAUGAAUGCCGAUUCUUCUCGGAGUCAUUCCAUCUUUACAAUCAAUCUGGAGAUGUGCCGCGCAGAUGAGACUGGUGAGGAGCACAUCCGUGCUGGCAAGUUGAAUCUGGUCGAUUUGGCUGGCAGUGAGAGGCAGUCGAAAACAGGUGCCACUGGUGAUCGUUUGAAAGAGGCAACCAAAAUCAAUCUCUCCUUGUCUGCGCUUGGCAAUGUCAUUUCUGCGUUGGUCGACGGGAAAUCAAAACAUAUCCCGUAUCGUGAUUCCAAACUGACCCGUCUGCUUCAAGAUUCCCUUGGCGGGAAUACCAAGACACUAAUGGCGGCAUGCUUAUCGCCCGCUGAUAAUAAUUACGACGAGACGUUAAGUACUCUUCGUUACGCCAACCGAGCGAAGAAUAUCAAAAACAAGCCCAAGAUCAAUGAAGAUCCUAAGGAUGCUUUGCUACGAGAGUAUCAGGAGGAGAUUGAGAGGCUGAAGGCAAUGCUAUUGGGCAAAAAUGGGCUUGAUCCCACUGCGAUGCUGGCUGCUGCCCAGCUUGGACCAAGGAAAUCUCCCGAAAAACAGAUCAUUGAAAAAGUUGUUGAGGUUGACUACUCUGAAGAAAUUGAGCAAGAAAAAGCACGAAUUAGUGAGCAAUAUGAAAAAGAAUUGCAAGACAUGCAGACAAAGUAUGAAUCUGAGAAAGUAUCCAAGGCAAAGCUUGAAGAAGACAUGUCAAAGUUGAGGAGUUUCUAUGACGAGAAGAUCACAUCCGUCGAAGGGAAAUACAACCAUCUCCCUCCGCCUGGCGCAAUUCUCGGCGAGGAGGGCUACGAACAGUACCAGCUUCAGCAUGUAGCUCAACAACAACAACAACAACAACAAGAUUUGACCGAGGAAGAAAGGCGGAAGCGUGAGAGCAUUGAUGAGGGGACUGUAGCGGCGUCUGUGAUCAUCGGUGGAUCCAAGGCCCACCAUGCCCAGCAGGCAUCGAGCCAUCAUGUCCACACUCUGGAAGAAGGCACUGUCGUCCUCGAUGAAGACGAAUAUGAUGAGGAUGGAAAAGGUGCGGAUGAUGGUAGAGGUGAAUUAGAAAGUGUCUCGAGCAAUGAUAGAAACAUGGGGGUUGAAACUGAUGUGCCACUAGAGCUGGCUGCCCAAAGAGCCGUCCAUCUUGGCACGACGAAGACACAAGUACCGAUUGUAAGAAAUGGUGAUCCGGCUACUAUUAUGCUUCAACACGAGGAAGCGAUGAAACGACUACAAGAUCUGCAGCGUAAGAUGGUUGGUGGUGAAGCUGCGAACAACGCAGAGGUCAAGGAAAGAAGAACCAAGAAGAAACGCCAUGCAGAGGAGAGACGCAAGAAACUGGCUGAGGCCAAUUCAAACCUGGAGGAUGAUGGUAUCAUGGAGGGGAUAUUUGAUUCUAUCGCUGAUGAGCUCAAAUACAAGAAUAAGUUGAUGGAAAAGGAGAAAAAGAAGACUGAAGGUUUCAGAAGAGACAUCAUAGACUUGCAAUCAGAAUUUGAAUUUGACCGCAUCGACUACCUGGACACAAUCCGUAAACAAGAGCGCCAGGUGCAACUACUCCAAGCAAUCAUUGAUAAGAUCCACCCCUGCGUACGGCGGGACAGUAACUACAGCAAUCUUGAUAAAAUCCGGGCAGAAUGCAAAUGGGAUGAGGCAGAGCAGCGAUGGGCUCUGCCACAGUUGAUGAUAGAGAAGACAUCACUGCCUCCUGCAGGUGUGAUGCCAGGAGGGCGACCAGUUGAUCAGAGGAGAGGUCCAUCAUAUGCCAGGGUGAAUGGAGAGAAUGGGGAAGAUGAUAGAUACAAACAGAUGCUUCAUCGGAGGAAUGAAGAUGUUGCUGGGAACUACUUUACACCAAAGCGAGCAAAUAAGCUGCUUAGCGAAACUCAAGAAACAAGAUCUGACUAUGACUUUCCUCCACCUUCUCCCCCUCCACCAAUACAAACUUCAGAUAUGUCUUUCAAUGGCCACAUGAACGGCGUAGGACCCCCACCACAUCUGCUAAAUGGACGCCAUCACCAGACGAGGGAUUGGGAUGAUGAGCCACCCAGUCGGGCCUUGCAGGCUGCCCAAGUUCACGGGCAACUGGGCGUGGAUGAGAUGCCCAUGAGAAAGCCACCAAGGUUGAGCUCGCUACAACCGACGUCAAAGAAAUCGAAAAAGAAGAAGGGUUUGGGGUUGGAUCCAUUAUAAAGAAAGCUAAUCCGGUUUGGAGCCACAGCUCUUUCCCAAAUUGGCUUGGUACAGGUAAAGUCCCAGAGUGGGAAAGAUCUGAGAGAGUAUGUCACCGACAAUCAACCAUGCAGUUGUAUUAUGUAUGUGUCUCAAAGAGAUCACAUGCAUGUGUUUUGAGGGGUAAGUGUUCUCAGAAUCGUGUCAUGCUUUAGUUGUUACUCAUAAAGGCUAGAGAAGUCUCUUGGAGGAGCCAGCCAACCAAGUUAGCUGGUCACUGUAAUGGCUCCUCAGAUUGUCUUCAGUGGACAUACUGGUGACAAUUAGGGCACUUUUCACCACAGGCUUUUUCAGAGAAAUGUUGUGCAUUUGAUAGAACUCUGCAACUGUUGAUGUGCAUUUAAAUAUAUUUGUGUAAAUAAGUAUUCUAAUUUAAUGUGUUUAAACUAUAGAGUGUUUAUAGUUUGUGUCUCGCUAACUCAACAUUGAGGCCUCAGUCUCAUUUCAUAUCUCUGUGAAGAAUUCUGCCCUGAAAUGAUGAAAUGGUCAAAUUGAUACAUUUGAAUUCGAUUAUUGAUUGAUUUCGAUUAUUGAUUGAUUGAUUAAUUAAUUGUAAAUACAUUUAAGAUUUUAAUGUUAUUUAUUGCAUUGUCUGUGAUCAUGAAUUUCCGUCCAUAUACCUACUUUAAGCCUGUUGUUAUCUCAGAAUUUUACUCUGGCUUUUGUCACCGAUAAUUGGCAACAUUUGAAGAUGUCAAAUUCAGUCAACAUUGGGAAUGUUUCUCGGAGUUGAAUGUUGCUGAAUGCAUUUGACACCUUCUCCAAAAGACAAUACAUAUUCAGAUGUCGGUCCAGCAACUCAAAUCAUAGUUUUGUGUUUUACUUCCGUAGAGAAGCCUGUUGCAGCUCAGCAAUGGUUCUAAUUCUUGCCAGGCCUUCCAGCCUACAGUGUAUGAUACUUGAAAAAGGAAGAAAGUUCUCAAGCUGAUAGAUCUAGGCUCACUUGUUCAAUCUGUGUUAGUAUCGGUAUCAUCACUGGCAUCGUAACUCUACUGGAGUCCACCAUAGGCUACUGUCCACCUAUGUAGGAGACAACUCCAAGUUUAACGAAGCCGUAUCAAGUAACAUUUACAACAAUGGCAUUUAGAUUUAACGCCGCUGUUACUGCAAACAUGGAUUGUACUUCUGGGCACUGUUUUGUAACUUUAUCUUUGUUUGUCAUGGCUACAUGUAUAUUCUCAUCGUGCUGUUGUGUGUCUCCUUAAUCUCAUUCAGAAGGGGGAGGGCAAGGAUUCUAUUAAUAGCACACAUCCAUGUCUGCUGAGGAUUCUCGAUGUUUUCUGCCCUUCCAUCUUGCCUUGAUGACUGCAUUCUAAUGCAUGUCAUUUUAAGUUUGUCAGUGCAUAUUUGUACUCAAUGGACUUGCUUUUGUUGAGGUACUAUCUUAUCUGCAAAUUUUAUUUUUAAAUAUUCGAUAAUUUUCCAUCCUGUCAGGUACAUGUAUAGUAAUAGUAUUAUUAGGAACUUUAUGAUGAGCACUGAUAAUCUUUCCCGUCCCUAGUUGUGUUGUGCACAAUGCACCAGUCAGUGGGGUACAAAUUUAAUAUAAAAUUUGCUUUCUAGGUCUGACAUCAAUAGUUGGUUACAACAUGUAUGAUCUACAGUACACAUCAGCAGAAAUGUGAUGUUAUAACCCCCUUUAUUGUUUCAAUUUAUGUGUCAACUCGAUUUAUGUGUCGAUAUGAUUUGGUCUUGUAUUAUUGAAGUUUUCAAGACAUCUUUUCCGUCCAGUUUAACUCUUUCAGCCCUUUGACCGUGUUUACACGGAUUUCAUAACAUUUCCCAGAUCCUGCUAUCGCAUAUACACGGUGACGCCGAAACCAGUUUCUCGUUCAUCAUUGACGAUCUCAAAUGCGAUUGGGGAGCCAUCUACAGGUUGCCACUCGAACUAAUAGACUUCUGGGCUUCACAGACGAUAUUUGGUUUGCUUUGAGUCCACAGGGGGGCGUGGGUGUUGAAUCUGAUUUCGUACCACUGUAAUCUUAAUGCGUCCAAUAAACUGCAAAAUCUUUCCCGUUUGUGUCCAUAACUGAUUUUGGAUCGCACCUCUUUUCCUGCCUUUGUUUUAUUAAAAAUUAUUGGCUCCUACCAACAAAAGAGGGUUUAUAGAAUGGUAGUUUCUGGCCGGUGUUGACUGCCUUUUCUCACAUCUGUGAUAAAUGUAUACAUUGUUUGUACUUUUGGAAACGUUGAAGUAUUGCUGAAUAAAUCUCACUCUCGGUGAAAAUACGAUCA